AUGAAACCGGGGAAAAUUUCGCCCGAAAGAGGAAAGAAAGAAGAUGACAAAGCUCCGAAGCCAAAGCCAGUUGUUAUCGAUACGACGGUUUAUUCGCUGAGUGAUUUGGAGAAGAAGUUUCCGAUCGAAUUCUCUUUGUUUUUGAUGCUCAGAGAUGCGAAGAAACAGUGUUCUCAGGCGUUGGAGCUUUCGCAAAUUACGCUGGUUAACAUCAAAUCUGUUGCCGCAAAUGUUAAAUCAUUACAUCUGAUCAACUUGAAAAAGGAUCAAGAAGCAACAACAUUAUUGCACUUUAUUCUCGACCAAUUGGAACUUGUCGACAUCAUCAUCCAGCUCCUGGAGCAAUUCGGCUACCAUCUUGUCGACGAAAUCGGGAUGAUUCCCUUGGCACAUUUGAUCACCACUCAUCAGUUGGUCUUCAAGCAAAAAAUCGGGCCCUUAGAAGAGUUUUGGAAAACGAACCAAAAAGCGAAGCAGCUUUUGAAUAUUCUUCUAAAGAAGACGAAUUUGAAGCAGAAAUUUAUUCUUUACGGAGACUUCAAACAUGCGAUGACGAUUCUAGAGCUGUUCAUUCAUGAUCGAAAUGUGGAUGGUGAUAUUGAGCUUUUCAAGUUCCUCGUUGAAGCUGAGCGAAAACAAGGCCCAGUCUGCAUUGAAGAUCUUCUCUGGCGCUGUUCUUGGUACUACAGUGUCAAUAUUCUCAAAGGUUUCUCCUGGAAAAUCCGCCGCAUGGACUUCAACUGGGUUCAGAAAGCCAACGGAAGAUCAUUGCUCUUUCCGCUUUUGAGAAAUUUGACUUAUCGCGGCCGAAAAGAAGAAGCUGUCAAUCUCUGGAUGAAACUAGUCGGUUACAUGGAAGAAAACCUCGGCGAAAAGCGAUUCAUGGAAGUCGUCAAUCUUCCCGAUUCGAACAACUGUACUUUGCUCAUGUACGCCUGCAAGCAAGGAUCAGAAGAAAUCGUCACUUUUCUUUUGAACUGGUUUGAAAAAAUUAACCAAAUUGACAAUCAAGGGCGCAAUUGCUUGGAUUACGCGAUCGACAGUCAAAACGAGCCAAUCGUGAAUCUGAUUCUGAAAACUAACGAUUGGCAAUCAGUCAUGUCAAACGCUAUAAUGACACGAAAAGCGAUGGCUCCGUUCAUCACACCGAUGCGAAAACUCGUCGAACAAAUGCCCGCCCAAGCCGAGUUCGUACUCAAUCGAUGCAUGCAUGUCAAGGGUGUGGAGUUUCAAAACGUCGCGAAGCAAGAUUUGGAUAAGGACGAUUUGCGAUUUGAUUGCAAUGUCACGUGGCUUUUGGAUGAUUACGGAAUACCGAACUGGUGCGCGGAGUAUAAAAAGGUGCUUGCAAAGUCGAAUGAGAUGGAUAAUGGAACGUCGCUGUUGGAUGUCAUUCUAGAGCCGAAUUAUCAAGAGGGGAGGAAUGUCAUUCAGACUUAUCGGGCUUACAGCGAAAACACCCAGCUUCUUUACCAAAAUCACGUGCUCGCCUUCAUGAUUCGCCACAAACGAGAGCGUCUUCUUGCUCAUCCGGUAAUCACCGCUGUGAACAAUCAUCUCUGGGACUCUGGCGGAUUUUGGUAUUUUUACAUUUCGAUGGCUUCGUAUUUUGCUUUCUUGUGCAUGAUCAAUACUUUUGCGCUUCUGAUGCCGCCGAAUUAUGCGGUUGAUCAUGAAAGAACGGAGAUUUGUAAUUUGAACGGAUUGACGCUCUUUUACGUCGGGAUCAAGAAAGAGUACCAGGAUACUUGGCAUCAUGGAGAUUGCUUUAGUUCUCAAGAUUAUUGCGAUCUCGACAAUUAUGAAAAUUUCUGCUUUUCGUUCAAAGCGCUCAGAGAUGGAUUGGACUGGAUUUUGAUUGUUUACUCAGCUAAGGGUUAA